GCACCCCGCUUCACUGAAUGUCCAUCAAGUCCAAUACAAGUGUACGCAAAGAGAGGUCAGAACUCAGCUAUGGUCACAUGGUCAUCCUUGAACGCUACCGAUAACUCGGGGAGCGUCACUAUAGUGCAGACCUUAGGUGCUGCAUCAGGGAGUGAAUUCGCCGUUGGAUCUCACUUGAUAAGUUUUGUGGCUCGUGAUGACCAAGGCAAUGAGUCUCCCAGCUGUUCGUUCACAGUGGUUGUAGAGCAAUUGGAAUGCGAUCCUCCUAAUGAUUUAUUUGACGACGAACUCAUACAAGUAGACUGCCCUGGGACAGCGUACACGUACGGAAUCGAGUGUAAUAUUUCUUGUACCCGAAACUAUGACAUUAUAGGAAAUACGAGCCUCACAUGUGAACGUGAAGGAACUAGUGACAAGGCGACAUGGGACUGGGGCGAAGGGCCACAGCCUGAAUGUAAUGAUAAAUGUCCGGAGCUCACACCGCCCCUAAACGGUGCCUUAGCCUGCACUACCGCUGCUAAUUACUACUGUCGGCAAUCCUGUAAUGUUAAUUCCGGAUAUCCUCGAGGUGUGUCGCCUGGACAAACAUACAUAUGUACAAACGCUCAGAAGUGGGACCCUGCGGCGGUAGACGACUGUACAGGGCGACAAGUUCCAAUUUCAAAUGUAAUAGGGGGUGAAAUGCACUACUUCGUUGGUGACUGCAACAAUGCUUCUGUGCAGGAGGAGCUUAAAACAAACUUUAUAACAGUUUUGGAAGAUAUGAUCGCUACUGGAUGGAAUAAUGUUUGCGCACAAUCUGGGUGUUCUGUUAACGAUGUCGUCGUCACGUGUGGUGCCUUGACAAGAAGGAAAAAGAAGAGUCUUCGAGGGAUGUCGUUCGUCGCUCCUUCUAAAAAUUUCAGAAAUAAACGUAGCCCAGUUUAUGUCAUCAAAAUUGAUUUCAAUGUGGAAUUUCCAUGGCAAGAAGGGAGGUCUUUAGACUACAAUGAUAACCUUCUGUUGGCGGUAAUUGGUGCAUUAGAAGAAGAGGCUGGUAAAGCAGGUGGUCGAUUUGAGUAUGGAGGACUUACGCCGUCACCAGAUGUCGUUGCCGAUCCUUGGCCGUCGAUAACCUGUCGGGCGUACGAAAUCCCAUCGUAUGCCGAUGGUUAUGAAAACUGUGAGGGAUGCGCCACAGGUAAAUACUUCAACUCGACGAUAGACGACUGUGUGGUGUGUCCUAUAGGAACAUACCAGGACGAGAGUCACCAAACCACGUGUAAACCCUGUCCUUCUGACAUGUCUACUAAAGAAACUAGACGGAAAAAUGUCACAGAGUGCUUUCAGGUUUGUGAUGCCGGUACAUACUCAGACAAUGGAGUAAUCCCCUGUACUAGCUGUGCCAUUGGUACCUAUCAGUCUGCCAAACACAGCACAGAAUGUAAUAACUGUAGUGUCGGUACAACAACUGUCAGUCGAGGGGCGAAAUCUUCAUCUUCAUGUCUCGGUUUUGAUGUCAUAUUUGGGUUGCCUGCAAUAAAUAUCACAUUCCCAAGCUUAACGUCGUCGCUGUCUGCAUUCUCGAUGAUGUUCUGGCUGAAAUGCCCAACCGGAAGUGCCUUAAAGCCAACAAUUUACCUUGUAAACAGUACAGCUACUGCUGAGGUGUUAAAGAUAACAGAUUAUCAAACAAUGGAAAUGUUUGGGUCAUCAUACCAAGUGACGUUGGACGCCUGGACACACGUGACUAUCAGGUGGGAGGAGACUGUCGGGCAGGCAGAGCUGCUGGUAAAUGGCGAAUACAUUGCAUCUGUUGCUGUGAUAGGGAAUGUAGUAACGGCAGGCACACGAGUCGAAAUAACUACAGAAAAUGGAAAUAUUGCUGAAUGCAUACUAUCUGGGUUUCGAAUGACUGACACGAAAAGGUCUAAUGCUGAAAUACAAGCUGACAAACAAACAUGUACUCAAGAUUACGUUGGUGCUAUCUAUAGUAUGGAAAAUUUUAAAGGUCAAGAUGGAGUUCUUCUGGAUACUCCGUCAAAAUGUGACGCUGUUGACGAAUGCGCCAGUAACCCAUGUGGCGUCCACGAGUGCGAGAACCUUUUGAACACGUACAACUGUACUUGCAUUGGUGGAUACACGGGCAUCAACUGCGAUACCCCGCCUGACUUUUGUCUAGACAAUGCUUGUGAAAAUGGAGCUGUCUGUCAAAAUCAAGCCUGGAACUAUACUUGUCAGUGUGUAGGUGACUACAAAGGAGAACUAUGCGACGAGCAGAUCGUUCAUGGCCAAUGGACCGACUGGAGUGACUGGUUCCUUUGCAACGUUACAUGUAAUACUGGGCAACAAACUAGAAUUCGUACCUGUUCAAACCCUCCACCAGGACCAGACGGAAACGACUGCAGCGGAAGUGACAAGGAAACUCGACUUUGUAACACUGAACAAUGUCCUUCUUGUGAAUCUGUCGGACUCUGGCUUCUCCCAGUACGGAAAGCAGUUACAGAUCACUGCGACACUGAGCAAGACUACAUCAGGUGUAACCUGACGUGUGAGGCAGGCUACGGGUUCCCACUCUCAACUCCACCAUUGGAUUACUACGAAUGCGGAAAAAACACAUCAUACGAAUGGAACGGGAUUCCGCCGAACUGUGGACGUGUAUCGGGUGGAAGAAACGUUAUAGUUAGAACGUCAGCGAGGUACACGGCUUUGUUAAUAUGUGACACCUCAACAACUGCGGCUCUUAACUCUGUCGCAGAAAACGCUCAAUGCAUGCUCGACAGGACGUGUAACGCCACUGUCACCACAGAUACCUGUGGUAAAAGGCGACGCAAGCGCACGACAGGAACGACAGCUGAGAUGUCGUUCGUGUUUGACCUAGAAAACAUUGGAGACUUGAACUUAACAGCAUUCAUCGAGUCCAAUAUCAUAAGCUCAGAGCUACAGACCUACCUCAAUGUACUGCGUGAAUCGGAAGAUACGGAGGCCCAAAUAAACAGUACAUCCGAGGCAUUCUUCAGUGUCAUCAUCAACGGCAAUUCAUACACAAUUGAUCCUGAAAGUUUUAUUAUCGAAACCCAUACGACCUGUGACAAUGGAAGUAUAGAUGACAAUGGUGCCUGUGUGGAGUGUCCGCCCGGCACAAAACAGAAUGGUGCGUGGUGUGUGUUUUGCGACCUUGGUACAUACCAGAGCGAGUCUGGACAAGUUAUAUGUAAUGAAUGUCCAACUGGCUAUACAACUGAGUUUGUCGGGAUGAAACAAGAAGAAAACUGUUCAAUUUCUGUUGAAACAACGACCGGUGCAACUUCAGUCUCAACUUCAUCAGCCGAAUCAGCAACCUAUUCUACCACAACAGCUACAUCAACUACAACAACCACUACAACAUCUACGACAAAUACGCCCACACCAACGACAACCACAUCCACUCCUUCGACAACCACGCCAACACGUACGACAACUGUGCCAAUACCUACGACAACACCGCCUACGCCAGUGACAACCACUCCAACACCGACAACCACAUCCACAUCUUCGACAACCACGACAACUCCUUCGCCAACCACGACAACACGUACGACAACCACUCCAACACCGACAACCACAUCCACAUCUUCGACAACCACGACCACUCCUUCGCCAACCGCGACAACACGUAGGACAACCACUCCCACACCUUCGACAACCACGUCUACAACUACGUUAACCACGCCCAAAAGCAAAUCAUCAACUACAACAGCCAAACUGACAAAGCUGAAUGGGAAUACUGUGUAUGAGAAACAGUCUGAAGGCUUUCCAAAGAUAGCCAUUAUAAUGGUCGGUCUUUUUACGACUCUGAUAAUCCUCAUCGCCGUCCUAGUAGGAGGAAUCUUUAUGUACAGACACCGACAAUCCGUCAGAACAGAAACAUCACUAUCAGGAACCCUUCGAAGACCGGACAUUAAUCUAAAUAUGAGAAUACACUCAAGUUCCCCGGACAAUGCACCUGCGGUUACUGCACAAAUGCCCCCUCCCUGGUACGCCAGUGUUGUGUCGUCCGAAGAGAGAGGGGGAAUACUACCACGCGCCACCUCUCUGACGCCUUUACCCCGUAGGUCUGGGUUCUGAAGCAGGAGACUAAUGCUCUAAAAAAUGCCUUCAUCUGACAAUCUGUUUCCGAAAAAAAAACCCAACAAAAAACAACAAAAACGAAACAAAAAUAGUAAAUACAUGUAACUGAAAAAAAACCUGUGGGCUAUACGAUACUCGUCAAAAUGAAUGGUACACUUAUCCAAUUCACAACUAGAUUGAGAGACAGGUUUCUUAACACUGUUCACGUGCUCAGGCAAUGCAGGUCAACUUUGUGUCCAAAUCACAGUACAGUGGGGGAUUCCCCUGAUGUUGAGUGCCUUGAGAGUAUACAGUACACCAACUCAAUCUAUCAAUCUAUCACAUUAAUGUACAAUGCCUACUCCUAUAACAUAAGAGGCCGCUGGUCGGCUCUUUUUCUAUCAGAUAUUAUUUUGCCGACUGCGUCCUCGAUGUUACACGGCGCUUGUCAAAAGUAUCUCACCGUGUAAAACCUCUAACAUUGUUGGAGAAGUACAAUGCCCUGAUCAAUUAAAAAAAUUAAGAUAUUUUUUGUGUGACAUUAGCAAGGCAUUAAAUAGAGUUUUGCGCGAAUGCCUUUUCUAAAAACUACAGCUUUGUGGUAUUGAAAGGAGACUUCUCCUUUUGUUUAAACAUUCCUUUACUUAUAUGAAAAAAAGAGUUCGUACAAAAGGAUAAGUAUCCAUUUUUAGAUAUAUUAACGCAGGGGUACCCCAGGACUUCGGUCCUCGGUCCCAUGAUGUUCCUGUUGUAUAUUAAAGCAGGGGUACCCCAUUGCUCAUAUAUAUAUAUACUCCUCGUUAUAUCAGAAAAAUCUACAUGAAUCAGUUCAACUUGGAGCUGCAAGAGUAAUACCAAGAUUGCGUAGAGGUAUCUCUCACGAAAUACUAUACAAAAAUUAGGCUGGGUUCCUUUAGAUUUAGAUAACGAAAAAAAUACAAGAUAGUAAUGAUUUAUGAAUCAUAAAUGAUCAAACUCUAUUUUAAAGAAAUAAUUAAGCCUCAUCUGUAUGACCAAACAUUAGACAGAUAUCCACUCCGUACAUUUAGAAUAUUUGACCUCCCAUUUUGUCAAACAGUCAAUUUCUAUAAAAAGUGUUUUUAACCAAUGUUUAAUGAAUUAAAUAAUAUUGCUCCAGAUCUCUGUUUAUCAAUUCAAAAAAAAAUGAUAUCACCAAUUCAAUUCUAAAGUAACAUAACGACAAAGGUCAGUUAGUUUACAGGUGGCUUGAUGUUAAUAUUAUGUCAACUAAGAUUUUGCUGUAAUAACUUCAGUUAUGAUCUCUAUAAGGAUCACUUGACAGAAUCAGCGUUAUACUCCUGUAGUAACCUAAAUAAUGGUAUAUAUAGUAAAAUUAACAUUAUACUCCUGUAGUAACCUAAAUAAUGGUCUCUAUAGUAAAAUUAACAUUAUACUCCUGUAGUAACCUAUAUUGUAAAUAAUGGUCUCUAUAAUAAAAUUAACAUUAUACUCCUGUAGUAACCUAUAUUGUAAAUAAUGGUCUCUAUAUUAAAAUUAACAUUAUAUUCCUGUAGUAACCUACAUUGUAAAUAAUGUCUCUAUAGUAAAAUUAACAUUAUACUCCUGUAGUAACCUACAUUGUAAAUAAUGGUAUCUAUAGUAAAAUUAACAUUAUACUCCUGUAGUAACCUACAUUGUAAAUAAUGUCUCUAUAGUAAAAUUAACAUUAUACUCCUGUAGUAACCUACAUUGUAAAUAAUGGUCUCUAUAGUAAAAUUAACAUUAUACUCCUGUAGUAACCUACAUUGUAAAUAAUGGUCUCUAUAGUAAAAUUAACAUUAUACACCUGUAGUAACCUACAUUGUAAAUAAUGGUCUCUAUAGUAAAAUUAACAUUAUACUCCUGUAGUAACCUACAUUGUAAAUAAUGGUCUCUAUAGUAAAAUUAACAUUAUACUCCUGUAGUAAUGUCUAUAGUAAAAUUAACAUUAUACUCCUGUAGUAACCUACAUUGUAAAUAAUGAUCUCUAUAGUAAAAUUAACAUUAUACUCCUGUAGUAACCUACAUUGUAAAUAAUGAUCUCUAUAGUAAAAUUAACAUUAUACUCCUGUAGUAACCUACAUUGUAAAUAAUGAUCUCUAUAGUAAAAUUAACAUUAUACUCCUUACAUUGUAAAUAAUGUCUCUACAAGGGUCACCUAGUAGAAUUAACAUUAUUCUCCUGUGGUGACCCUAGUAGAAUUAACAUUAUUCUCUUGUGGCAAUAGACUGGAAAUGGAAUCACAAUUCUGAUAAUGCUCAAACCUCCCAGAUACUCGAAUCACAUUAUACUAAAAGAUCUGACGUGGACUUCACAAUCAUUUAUUAAUUGAUGUUGUGAACACUGUAACGGAAAUGAAAAGACCUACUGCUUGCGGUAUCCAAUUUUGAUAUUAGUCGAAACAGAUUCAUGAAAAGUGUAUAUGCAAGUGUGUAUAUAUGUCAGCAUGUACCACUAUGUAGGUAUUAUCAUUUCCAACUGGUAAUAUAGGUAAUAUUUAAUUUAAAAGUAGUUAGAUAUUCUUAAUUUAGAUAUUUAAGAUCAUAUAUAAUAUAUCUGAUAUUCAUUAAUGUCACUGGGGAGAUGGUCCUCUAUUUUGACAACGUUUAAAUUGAAAGGCAUGUACUUCACAGAUUAACACAUGCAUAAACAUGUUAUAUAACUGAAAAAAUACUUCAAUCAAUGUAAAGUAUUUGAUGUGGUUGAGUUUCAAGCUUCAACAAUGGAUAACCUUGUGGCUAGAUAAAUGGACUUUUUGGUCUUUAUCUGUUGAGGUGAGGAAACUCCAACGCGUCAACUAUUUCCCAAUGAUCUGUUUUAUAUGUAUUUUACAGACAUUUCAUCAUUUAUAAGAGUUAGUUAGAAAAGUCACCAAUAUAACAGUUUGUAUAGGAGUUGCCUCCCUUACAAUGUAUCGUUGCUCUUUAAUGUUACAGAUUUUUAUGUUAAAUGCUAUUCUGGAGAGGACUUUAAAUAAGCUUUGAUGUCCAAACCGUUUGUCAUUUAUAUGUCAAUAAAAUGUUUUUGAAACUAAAACUCUCCAAGACAAAGUUAGCAUGGAUUGACAGCAUAACAAUAGAGUGAAACACUUAAACAACAAAGUUUUACUUAAAAUGGGGAAUGACAUCACAUUAUUAGGCAUAGAAUAUAAUGAAUAUCUACACAGAAUUAUCACACUAAAUUUUGAAAAAACUUGCCAAACUGAAGUCUUUAAAAUCGGUUUGGAAUAAAAGGAUACUUCAACCAAUAGGUAAAAAAGUUGUAAUCAAAACUCUACUAAUAUAUCAGUUCCGUCAUUUAUUUAUAUCUCCUCCUAAUCCUGACAACUAAUAUAAUUAUUAAGAAAAUAAACAAUAUAUUAAUCUUUUUUUUUUAUUGAAUGGUAAACCUGAGUAAAAAGAGAUAUUAUCAAAGAAACGUAUUAAGAAGGUGGCCUUAAAAUGAUGCAUCUAAAAUCGUUUACAACUGCCCCUAAAGCAACUCUGGUGAGACGGAUAUACAUGUAUAGUAGAUUAGGAAACGGAGGUGGAAAUGUUAUCUAAUAAAAAAGAAUUAACUAAUACUGAAAUUAAAAUAUUUAAAGAUGUACUAAAUAAAUUAUAAAAAUACCUUUUGGGAUGCCUGGUAUAAAAAUGUCACUUCAAGCAAUAUAUACAAGAUAAAUAUAAGUGAAAAUCACAUAUGGGUUAGCAAUGAAAUAAAAAAAAAAGACCAAAAAGUUAUAUACAUUGUACAAUAAUGCAUAGUCCAAAAAAACGGUUCAUGUUGUUUAAAACAUUGUUAAAAUUGAUAGAUAGCUGUACAGGUUUGAAGAUGAAGUCAUCAGAGUCUAAACAAUAAUAUUGUUCAGUUUAUAAGGAAGAACUGACAAACAUUUGGUUCGGAGUAAAAUAUUAUACGGCUCAAUCUUUCUAUCUCUAAUAAGUCCAAAAUCAGCCCAGGUAAUGCAUAUACACUCAAUUAAAGAUUCGUGGAGUGUAACGUAAUCAGAAGCCUUGGCUAGCGAAGAUGCUGUACCAGGUACCAGUUCCAAACUACAAUGGCUACAAUACAGAAUAAAUCACAGAAUUGUUACAAUUAACAAUUAUUUAUUAUAUAUCGGUACAUUAGAUAAUAAUUUGUGCACCUUUUGUAAAGGUCAUCAAGAAACAAUAACACAUAUAUCAUGGAAUUUCGAAAAGGUACCUCAGAUUUCAGAAGAAUUUAUCUUCGGCAAGCUCGUUAAUCAACAUGCAAAAUCUAAAAUGAAUGAUUUAAUAAUACUCAUGACGAAAUAAUACAUAUAUAAUUUUUUUUUAUUCCCAUGUGUACCAAGUUCAGAAGCAUACUACAGCGUUAGGGUAUGGGUUUACACACUACCCAGGACCGCGUGUCUUGUUGCUUUCAAACCCCGUUCCACACCACAGAUGGGUCAUAACAAUUUCUCAGUAGGUGGACUCUGUUUUGUAUAUAUAACGGCGCCACAAGCAUGAAAUCUGUGUAUUUUCCCCUUUUAUAUAUAUAUAUAUAUAUACAACAUAUAACAUUUUGUAAUAUACAUAAUACUCAUUGUUUUUUCUGUAUGUUGAGUAUACAAAAAUUCAAACUCUACGUAUGGCUUCGUUUAUGCAAUGAGAAAUAUAAGAUUUGUUUAUUUCAUUUAAGAAAUUGUUGACGUCAUUGUAAGACAGGCUCCUGAUUGGCUGACAAAGGUAACAUUGGUAGGGGAAUUCAAAAGUGCCAUAUUGACGACAAACAAAUUUUAUUAAGUUCAAAGGUUUUUUUUAAAAGAAACUUCUCCCACCUGUUAAGUUUGGUUUAAACAUGUUAAUUUUUUUUCUUACUUUUGGAUUUUAUAGAUGUUUUUUCAGUGUUCUACCGAACCCCUAUUUCUAUAUCAAGUUUGAGGCGAUAUUAAUAUUUUGUAAUAGCGUUUAAAUAAUACUCACAUAUAUGGGCGAGUGAUGUUGUGUUGAUCCCCCGCUAUCAUAUAUCAAGUGUGAUUUGGUAAAAGUAGUGUACUUGUCAUUUUUUUUUUUUUUUAUAUAUACAUGUAUAUGUUUUUAUAAAACUGUAAAUAUGUGUCUAUAUUAUGUAAUAAACGUGUCACCUUGUGGUGCUAAUUCA